CACCAUUCUAACUCUGAAUCACAUGACCCUGAUGUAGGGAGUCUCUAACCAAACUCAGCCUUUCUGCACCUCCCAUAAACACCCCCCCAUGGCCCCUUCAGGUUUGGGUCCACACGUCACCUCAGAGGGGUGGGAGCUCAGAUGAUUGCUUGAUAUACUUCAUCAGCUGACAAUCAAGAGCUGACGUUUCCUUGCCUUCUGUCCAUUUGCCGUUCUGAAGUUCGUCCUCAGUGCAGGUCAACAGAGUAAGAACAGCUUCGUUAUCAUGGCCGCCUUCCUUCAUCACUGUCCUUUCCUAAGAUCUGCUCCAAAGCCAGCUUUAAGAAGAACAGGAGCUUCUUUGCUGUCUCUGGCAGACCAAUGCCCCAUCAUCGCUCGUCAGAUCUCUGUGAGCGGCCUGGCAUCUCUGGAGAACAAAGUGACUUUGUCUUCCACUGAACCCAGUAGUUACCGACUACCCAUUGUGGACCAAAAGAGGCUGUUUGCUCAAACUGCCACUCAGGUGGCCGUUUCUGCAUCGAAGGGCUGCCCUUUUGUUGCCUCUCAGAUUGGAAUGGUCCAGGCAAGCCCUGAAGUACAAGAAGAUGUCCAAGAAGGUUUGAUGACCUCCUUGUUGAAAGGUUUAAAAGAAUCAGUGUUCCCAACAUCCGAUCAAACCAACACAGCCACCCACCACCUCAGAGACAACAUGGUUGGCCCCAGUUACAACUAUGAUCACUUCUUCAUCGAGAAGAUUGCUGAGAAAAAGAAGGACCACACUUACAGAGUCUUCAAGACGGUGAACAGAAGCGCCACAGCCUUCCCUCUGGCUGAGGAUUACUCUGUUUCUGGACGAGGGGUCUCAGAAGUGUCAGUGUGGUGCAGCAACGACUACCUGGGAAUGAGUCGCCACCCGAGGGUCCUCGAUGCCAUCAAAGAUGCUCUGGAGAACCAUGGUGCAGGAGCAGGUGGGACCAGGAACAUCUCUGGCACCAGUAACUUCCACGUGACUCUGGAGAAGGAGCUUGCCCAGCUUCACCAGAAAGAUGCUGCUUUGGUGUUCUCCUCCUGCUUCGUGGCCAACGACUCAACCCUCUUCACUCUGGCUAAAAUGCUUCCGAGUUGCGAGAUCUACUCUGAUGCAGGAAACCAUGCAUCCAUGAUUCAGGGCAUUAGGAACAGCGGAGCCAAACGCUUCAUUUUCCGUCACAACGACAGUCGACACCUGGAGGAACUGCUGCGACGCUCUGACCCAAACUCUCCAAAAAUAGUGGCGUUUGAGACUGUGCACUCUAUGGACGGUGGCAUUUGCCCUCUGGAAGAGCUGUGUGACGUAGCCCACCGUUAUGGAGCCCUGACGUUUGUGGAUGAAGUUCACGCCGUGGGUCUGUAUGGGGCCCACGGAGCCGGGGUGGGCGAAAGAGACAACAUCAUGAACAAGAUAGACAUAGUUUCUGGGACUUUAGGUAAGGCCUUUGGCUGCGUUGGAGGCUACAUCGCCAGCAGUGCCGCCCUGGUGGACACGGUGCGCUCCUACGCAGCCGGCUUCAUCUUCACCACCGCUCUUCCUCCGAUGGUCCUGGCGGGAGCUCUGGAGUCCGUCCGGGUCCUGAAGAGCGCCGAGGGUCAGGUGCUGCGUCGAGCCCACCAGAGGAAUGUGAAACACAUGAGGCAGCUGCUGAUGGACAAAGGCCUGCCUGUGGUCAACUGUCCCAGCCACAUCAUCCCCAUACGGGUUGGGAAUGCCGAGCUGAACACUAAGGUGUGUGACAUCCUCCUGGAGAGACACAACAUCUACGUCCAGGCCAUUAACUACCCCACGGUGCCUCGUGGUGAGGAGCUGCUGCGUCUGGCUCCGUCUCCCCAUCACGAUCCUGACAUGAUGGACCACUUUGCGGGUAAGCUGGUGGAGGUGUGGCUGGAAGUGGGUCUGCCACUCAACAGCCCGGCUACGGUUUCCUGCACCUUCUGCGACCGCCCGCUGCACUUUGACCUCAUGAGUGAGUGGGAGAAGUCCUACUUCGGCAACAUGGAGCCGCAGUACAUCACCGUGCUGGCUUAGCUCCAGACCACUGCACUGAUGAUGCAAACAGUAGAAGCUUCAUUCCUCAGGGAGCAUUUCUGCACAGGCAUUGUGUUUAAAUACUCGUUCCCAGGCUAGAUUUGAGUAUUUAUAGAUGCUUUUUCUGUACUCCAGCAUUCUGAAGUGUGUUUUCUGCCACAAUAAUAAUUAAAGAAAUGCCUCUUGCAUUUUCAAAGCACGAAACCUGCA